AUUAUAUUCGAUGGAUGUUUCUUUUCAAUAUUAAGGCUAGAUAAAUUAAAUACUUGAUAGAUUGUAAGAGUAUUUGAGCCGAGUAUCUAAAAGACAUUAAGGUCAUUAAAAUGAGCAUAAGAAUUUAGAAUAGUAAAUGCAGGCUUUUUUGGAAAUAUAUUUUUAGAAAUAGUAGGAACAUUAAUAGCUAAGCUGCAAUUAGAAGAUUAAUUUCUAUGGGAAUAAUAUUAAUUAAUUAGAAUAUUAGAUAAAUGAUUUGUAAGAUAAUAUAAGAAGCAUAAAUAAAUAGAGAGAGAAAGUAAAUGAGGACAUAAUUUAAAAAGAGAAUGAAUUAAUUAGUAUUGAUAAAAGGAUGAAUACAAUUAAGAUUUCAAGUUCAAUGAAUUAGUAAUUUGAAGAAUUGAUUGAAGGUAUAUCAAUGUGUAAAGAGAAGUGUGAUUAUUUGGAAGAAGAAAAUUAGGAUUUUAAAAAGAUCUUAAUAUAUGAGAGAAAGAAAAAUAGUGAUUUAAAAUAACACUAUUAAAUUGUAAUAAAAUUUAAUAAUAAUUAAAGGUAAGGGAGAGAUAUGAUUAAAAUUUGAUAAGAUUGCAAAGUUUAGAAUAGAAUGGAUUAGAGAUAAAUUAAAGAAUGAUGAAGUAAUUGAAGAUAAUAAAUGAUUUACGUUUAUUUAUAAAAAGUUAGAAUAGUGAAACAUUUUAGUAGAUAUCUCCUAGAAAGAGAACAAUUAAUUAAUAAUUGAUAAGUGCUUAAUAUUCUUUGGAAGAUACAUGUAUAUAAUAGUUAUUUUAAUGAGUUUAUUGAGGAAUCAUUUAAUAAUUUUGAUUAAUUGAAAUUGAAUUAGAAAGGUUCACAUCAAUUAAUUUAGACAGAAAGAGAAUUAUUUGACAAUUUGUCUUAAGUUAUAUAGUUGAAGAAUAAUUUGGCAUAAAUAAAUAAUAAGGAUUUAAGUGAGAGUGAGAAAUCAUUUCGACCUGAAGAAAA